AGUGCCGCUUGAUCUUUUGUGAUGUCAUUCUAGUCCCACCGGAGCCAAUCAGAGCUCAGUUUUACGGCAUCUAUACUAACUGUGAGUCUGUCUGAUGUAUCAUCUUCCUCAAUUACGAAGGCAAAGUCCAUUUCCUCAUUUGUGCAUCGAGCUGUUUGCACAUUGCAUUUUACAAAAAUGAGCAUCUCUGUCACACUUGUGGCAAAUCAGUUAGCCGACGCCCAUAAUGUUUCACUCACUAUACUCAUUCUGUUUUUACUCCUGCAAACUUGCUGAGUCAUCGUCCUUUCUGUGAGAUAUGAACCUACAGUCUCGGCGUCAGCAUUUAAUGUGCUUCGGUUCGACACGGCUGCCAUUUAUUCCUCCAUAUGCAAAGUGCAUGCUAAGGUAAGUUCCUCGCGCUCCUCUACAAGUUUCCUUCCAUUGUAUUGAGACUUAUGUUUACUCAAUAGGCUACUGGUCCCUAAUCUGAUUGUGGGCACCAAAGCUGCAAUCUCUUGCCACUUGCUGCAGGCGUGUAGCAAAGUAUCGCGUGAUCUCACCUCCUUUUAGGGCCUGUCUUCUUUAAGCUUUAGCAUCCAUGUGCUACUCCCAGAACACAGUAGUCAUCCGGCAGCUAUGGCUACCGUAUAUCGUAGCUUGUAGCUUUCCCUUUGUCGGGCAAUGAAAACAAAUCUUGCACAUCUGGUCCUGCUAGGGCCGACAGCGAAGCGCUUCCAUGUUUCUUCAUACCGUCUGUAGCGUCCCCUGACAUAAGCCCUUUCACAUCAGCAUAUCGCUCAAAGGAAGUAAGCCAUCUUGCCCAAUGUGAGACAAUAGUGGUGGGAUCAUUACAUCAGUCAAAUUACAGAUUACCGGAUUUCCCCCAUUUCAACUAAUCAUCACCGCAAAUAACGAAUUUCCAAUACUUCAGUCCGCAUCACCAAUGUUGUAUUUGCAAGUCAACUCAAUUUACACAGGCUCUUUUUUUAUUCCCAUACAAUAAACCGAGCUUACACCGCUUUCUGUACUUUCAACAGCUUUAUUCCACUACGCCAUCAGUUCCAAACCCAGAGCAUCUGACCCUCAAUACUACAGGCACCUCCUAGAAAGUAAUCCAAUAUGUUACAGCUCAUGCAAACACUCAGAACUUAUUACAGCUCGUACUUUCACACUGCAUGCAUUAAUGCAGUUAAAUAUUCACAAGCAGUCUGUUUCACUCUUUUCAUGUACCUGGGCUAACGUUGUCCUGCCUGGAGCCGUUUUUUACUGGCCCAUGCAAUCCUUAAAAAAAAAUAACGUUUUUAUGUUUUCCUUUGAGGAUGAACAGAUUUUUGUGCACACAUCUCUCUUUGAAUUAAUAAGAAAUUGGAGCAGGCGGGUGGGUGGUGUAUGGCUCAGGGGGUUGAGCUGCUGUGCUUGUGCUCAGAAGGUCAUUGGUUCAAAUCCCUGAGUCAGCAAGGCUCUUAACCCCCAUUUGCUCCAAGCCGAGGCCAACAUUUAAAAUCAUCCCCUGCACUGACUCUUCCUUUUUUUCUUUUUACCACAAACACGUUUGUCCGUCCGCUUACCAAUGGCCUGACGAUAUCACUGUCACUAAGGACCAAGCCUGCUUCUUCUCACGCACGUAUUGGAUUAAUGGACCCCCUACACGGAUAAAAUGCAAGCAUACGGUGAAGAGCUGGUCCACAUGGUGAGGCUUGGAUUUGGUCCUCCGCAGACAACAAUCACCUAGGCCUACAGUACAUUCAUAUACAUUUAAAUCACAGACAGGCAGCUUAGACAUGGCACUAAAUGCCAUUUAAUGUAUUUUAUUUAGAUGAUCAGUCGAUCUACUUCCUUUAUGACUCAUAAAACCACAGUCUCCUCUCCAAAAAUCAGUCUCUUUCGGCUACACAACACAGUUUGGUGAUGUUUAUUAUCAGUGUUAAAUCAACUUAUCAAAAAGAACAACAAUCAGCAUUAAUUCACUUAAGCCACUGACAACCCUAACGUGUAGAAACGCAGCAACAAAUGAAUAGAUUUUAAUUACUGUACAGUGUUAACUGCUUCUCAGGUGAUUCUGCAACUAUGUCCUAUAUUUAGUACAACACCAACGGUUUAUUAAUUUAAUAACCUAUUUCCGGUCGUUCAGCAAACAAUGAAAUUAUCGACCGCUGCACUCUUUGUAUGGAAGCACAUCUUGCAGUUUGAAUCCUAAGUUGCGCUUGCAGGCGAGUACAGCGGAAAGAAGAAGCACAAAUUCACUGGACAGCUCUGAGACUGACUGGGUGGGUAACUAAGCUGCUUCGUAAAGGUACCCUACAUAGUUCAUUUCUCACCGAUUACCUUCGCCGAAGACGCCAGAUGACCAAUAAUUUUUCACGCGAAUGGGCGAACGGGAACCCUUUGAAAAGAAAGAGGCGAAACUAGCGGAAAAGGGUGAGAAAAACAAAGGAGCAGAAGGCAUGGGCGAAAAGGGAAAGCUGCCGGCUAUUUGAGGUCAUUGCAAUUUACCAUUUACCGUCACACGUUGGGAAAACUGGGCAGCGAUGGCACCUCGUGUGCCGGACCUUCAUCCUAACGCAGCCGGCUCCCGUGCGCGGACACUAUAGUUCGGCCAGUCGGACUGAUGCACCGGACAAGACGGAAAAAAGCUGCCGAAAAAUGAAUGCAUUUCUACGGCAAAAAGCACCGGGAACCCCGACGCAUAUCAACUCGCAACUUCGCAUAUCAAGCAAAGACAGCCCGAUUUAAGACAUUUUCUCGCUUUCCAUUCAAGAACAAAUGAGCCAUCGCAUUUAGUAUUAUAUAUUGUGCUGACACAUUUGGCAACAUUCCUACCUUCUUAAUUGUUUUAAAAAGAACUAUUAUCUAUUAAAAUGACGUUCCGCGUAUUAUCAUGAAAUGUUAUAGGACCACGAUCCAGCGUUUAUUUCGCUCGUCUUCCGCUCGCAUGGAUUCUGAAAAGUGUGUUUAAGCUGCUUCAGUCGUCAGGAUGCCCGCUGCUCUCUCGCCAUCCCAAGCGCUGUAUAUAGGCAUGGAGGUCGCAAUAGCGGUGUCCUCCGUCGUCGGGAAUGUGAUGGUGGUCUGGGCGGUGAAGAUUAAUCGGAAUUUAAGAGACACGACCUUCUGCUUCAUAGUGUCUCUGGCUCUGGCUGAUAUAGCCGUGGGGGCCCUCGUCAUCCCCCUGGCCAUCACGAUCAGCAUCGGUCUCCAGACGCACUUUUACAGCUGUCUUAUGGUGGCGUGCACCGUGCUCGUCCUGACGCAAAGUUCCAUCCUGGCGCUGCUUGCGAUUGCCAUCGAUCGGUACCUCAGAGUUAAGAUCCCAACCAGCUAUAAGCAGGUGGUGACGGCCCGGAGGGCAGGGGCUGCGGUCGUGUUGUGCUGGACCGUGGCUUUCCUGGUGGGCUUGACGCCCAUGCUCGGCUGGAACAACUUGCAGAAGCUGCAGGAGAACGGCUCGCUGGGGUCCGACCUGACCGUGACCUGUCAGUUCGAGAACGUCAUCAGCAUGCAGUACAUGGUCUACUUCAACUUCUUCGGCUGGGUGCUGCCGCCCCUCGUGCUGAUGCUCGUCAUCUAUGUGGAGAUCUUCUACAUGAUCCACAAGCAGCUGAGCAAGAAGGUGACGGCCAACCAGAACGACCCCAGCAAGUAUUACGGCAAGGAGCUGAAUCUUGCCAAGUCUCUGGCCCUGGUUCUCUUCCUCUUCGCCAUCAGCUGGCUGCCUCUGCACAUCCUGAACUGCCUGACGCUUUUCUGUCCCAGCUGUGAGAAGCCCAUGUUCCUCAUCUACAUCGCCAUCCUGCUCACCCACGGCAACUCGGCCGUCAACCCCAUAGUCUACGCCUUUCGCAUCAAGAAGUUUCGCACGGCCUUCCUCACCAUUUGGAAGCAAUACUUCUGCUGUAAGCCGGGCCCCUUCCCUGGUCCACAGGUCAGUGAACGAGUGAACCUUCCGGUUGAGCAGCUGCAGGUGGAGCAUAACGUAACCUGACCUGGCUAAAAUGGCGCCACCUGCAGUCCUGGAAGUGCCUCAAGUGGAACUGCGUUGAUUAAGAUGCCCCUCAAGCAUCUUAUCAGGACGAGGUGAUUGUAUGACAAUCCCCCAUCAUGGCUUAAUUGCGAUGACUCCUUACUCAAUCUGAGGUUUUUUUUAAACUAAAUAACUGGGCUAACUUGGGUGAGUGAUCCGUCACCAACACCUUAGCGAAAUCUGCCGCAAACUUCACUGUUUCUUAUGCCAAAAAAAACACGAUGUUUUAUUCCUUAAAUCAGCAAACUUGGCAUGAGCUACCAAUCUAAAGGGGCACCUCAAAUGACCAAAAAGUGUAAAUAUAUUAUUUCAUAUUUAUUUGCUGCAUGUUUUUUGCAUUCAUCCUGGAACAUGACCUUUGCAUGGAUAAAGGAAUUUACGGGAUUCACUCAAUUCUUGUAACUCAGAGUGACAAACCUAAAAUGCAUAAUUAAAUGUGAGAGGCUGUUAAGUGUUAACCUGUGCGGUAAUCUGUGAGAGGGCAGGUUGUGGUAAAUGGUGGAUUAUGUGGGGGCGUGUGUGUGUGUGUGGGGGGGGGGGGCAAUUGCUAUAAAUCAGUGUAAAUGUGACAGUUUUUAAAUGUGACUUCAGCUCAGAAAACCCCACAGCAUCAUCAUGCCAGUGGGUGCUUGUACAACCAAAAGGGUCGAUGUUUUACCAGAACAUGAGCGUGUAUCUCCUCUCAAGUACGUCCUCCUCUCUAUUGCUACGUGGUGGACUUCUGCUGCUCCAGGGCCAGGAAGAAAGACAUCUGGGAGCCUGGCCUGUGUGCUAAAGGGCAAUUUAAGACCCUUUAAUGUGACAUGAAGAACAAUGGGAAUUUAUGGGGUUCAUAUAUAAGGGCAAUUUUAAGGUUUAUAAAGGUGGGGGGCUUGAGAGGGGCCAUAAUUCAUACCAAGGGGCCAACCUUAUCACGAGCCAAUGAUAUGUUUUGAAUUGGUGAGUGACAGAUGAGGGGGCACUCCAGAGGCCAAUCAGCUUUCAGGUGGGGUCGGUGCCCCUGUGGCCCCGCCCCUGUACACACCCCUGUUCAUAUGGAUGAAAAGGAUUGAUCUGUAGUGGGUACUUAUAUGCAGACCAGUGUUUAUUUACAGCUCUUUGUGUUUAGGUUGGAUAAUCGAUGUAAAGAGAGCCAAGCUGGUAAUGUCCAAGGUCUUAGAUCAACAUCUGAGGAAUUAGUGGUUCAAUGUACUGCCCUUCACCAAUGAAUGUGUCGUGGCAGUAGUCCACAACUGUUGGCCUUGCGUUCAGCUUUUUUGGCCAUACUGAUUCUAGGGUCUUUUUUAAGCCAUAGAUCUAUAUCCUGAUGCAUUGAAUCUAUAAAAACAUGAAGAACAUGCCUACGACUUUCCCGUGACAAUGUUUAAAAAUGGUGGGAAAGAAACACUGUAAACGGCCAAACAGUCACUUAGACCUUAUCUGUAUCUCCUAGCUGUGUGAUAUUAGACUAAACUAGACUAGUCCAGUUCUAACCCUAUAAAUAAAGGUGAUCUCAAUGACAACACCUGCUGCAUUCAUGAAUAUCAUGUUUCAUAUAAAGCAGUGUGUAUUUUCCUGUAUGCUUAUCUGGAGUGGUGUAAAUUUGCACUGGACUGAUACCAUAUAUAAUCCUCGAUUUGGGAAAACCAUUUUCUUUGUUGCAUGUUAUCACUAUAAAUAAUAGGCUUUUAUAAAUCCAUCUUGAAUAUAUAGCCGUUUUCAUUCAGAUAUUUUGAUGCAUCCUGAAAAGACACGAGUCAGGAGCUAAGACAAGGUCCACCUCCCAGAAACCAUUUUAUUGUGAUUUCAGAACUUAAUAUAUUCAGGAAUAUGUUCAUCCACAAACCUGUACUAGAUAUGCCUUAUUGAGAAUGGAUGGAUACAGUAGGCAUGUUAAUAUGCAGCACCUUAAUCCUGUUUGUUUAUGCAUGACCCAGCUCUCUCUUUGACUAACGAUUGUCAAUAGCAUGUUCAUCAAUGGCCUGUUUGUCAAUGGCAUGUUUAUCAAUGGCCUGAUUGUCAAUGACAUGUACAUUCAGACCAUCCAUCCUUCCAUCCAUCUCCCAACUGAUGAUUCACUACAGGGUCGUAGCUGCUUUUGGAAUGUGCGUUUUACAAAGGCGUUGUUCUCCUAAAUUCCGUUUCUCUGUUGAAUGGUUUAUAUACAUACCUGUCAAGUCAUUGAUGCAGGAUGCCUUUGAAAGCACUGACUGCCUUCCCUAACCCUCCUGAUAUAUAUCAUUUUAGGUGGAACGCUUUAGAGAGAUAUCUCCGGGCAUCUUUGUGAGCACGUAGCCUUUUUUGACAUGUAGGCCUUUGGGAAAAUAUCAAAGCUAUCCCCAAUAUAUAACUGCAUAUACCUUACAACCCUUAACUUGUAAACCACUUUUAUGACACGUCCACAGUAUUUUAUUAGAAUAAGAUGAGAUAAAUUUCAUUGAUCCCAGGGGGAAAUUCUUGUGCAAACAGCAGCAAAAAAGUAUGCAGCACACAAAUAGAACAUUCUGAAAAAGAAAAUAUUAUGGAAUAUUAAGGAAACAAACAUAAAUAAAGAAUAGAGAGAACAGAGCAAUGUUAUACAUUACUAGGUUGUACAGCUAAUGUGCAGAUUUUAUUGAUUUCUGUCUUCAAGAAUGGGCUCUGAGGCUAAGGAUCUGUGCUAGUAAUCGGAAGGUCGCUGGUUUGAAUCCCAUGAAUACCAGCAGUGAUCCUACUCCAUGGGGCCCUUGAUCAAAGCCCUUAACCAGCAAUUGCUCCAUACUGGGUUCAGCUCUAUAAGGAGGUCCUCCAACUUACAUGGAAAAUUUGGGGGUUGGUGGCAGCAUUGACACUCCAGCCACUGGGGAAAAAAACUCACACUGGUCCAUUUGGACGAGUGUGGUGCUGAGGUAUCACCCACUGCAUGGUUGCACUCAGGCUCUCAUCCCUGAGGUAGUUCAUCAUGUGGUGGGGGCAGCAAUGGGAUGUAAUCAGAAUGUGCCCCCUUACCUACCUACCUUAAAUAUAAUUACGAUGAACAAAGUGCAGAUGUGUAUAGACUUUAUACUUUUAAAUGUAACCAUUCUAUAUGCCGUAACACUGCAUAUGUCAAAAGCAUCGUCUCAUGCCAAGAAGCAUGAACUCUAACUGCGUUCAUGUGACAUCACUGAUCUGUGACCUAUUCUAUAAUCUCCCUGCAGCUGCACUUACAUUGAAACUUGUUCCAAGUUUUUAAUCCUCAAGAAUCCUUUUUACUAGAGGUAUAAAUAAACAGGGCAUACUCUGUGGAAUCGCUGUUAAUCAGCUUCCAGCUGUGAGUAGCAGUACAGUUUGAUCACAUUUUUCAUUUCGCUCACCAGUGGUGUAAAUCCCAGCUAUAGCAAAAAUAGCAAAACAUGAAACCAUUAUGCUGGAGGCUAACUUUGAACAUCCACUUUAAUAAUUUUAAUGUUCACCAAAUAGUUCUUUCCAAAGCCGUAUUAAUGGUUAUUGCUAUCAGGGUACAGCAAAGACUUACUCCAACAUUUAUUACACUGGUCCUCUUGUUUUCAAACAAGCUAAUCCUGAGUUUUCUUUAAAUCUAACUGUACACUGCAGUUUCUCUCCAUCCAGUGUUACUCACAAGAAACUUGAGUCUGUAUAAAUGCGACACUUAUUUAAUUUGUUCAGGGUUAUUUAUGAUGUAUGUUGAUGCAUUACGUUAAAUCAGUGAUUAACACUUGCCGGAAAUGUCUGCGUUACAGCCUUUGAAGCGCAGAAGCACGUUUCCCACCUAGCAGUGUGUGCUGGUGAGAGUCCUGUGUUGCACGUCAGAUGUGCUGUGUCUGAUGGUUCCUGUUUCCUGGGGCUGUAUACAAACCCAAUUAGUCAAAUGGAUCUUGAAAAUUGAUGUAUAAGAAGUACUUUGGAAUAAGCUCUUCUAACAUCACUGUGCAGUGAAUGUGAACCCCCCCCCCCCACCAGAACCAUUGAGUAGGAGGGGGAGGGGCUGGAUGGAGUCAGGUGACAAGUGCAUUCAUUCAUUCAUUCAUUCAUUCAUUCCUUCAUUCAUUCAUUCAUUCAUUCAUUUCAGAUGUACCAUAUUAUAUGUUUGGAUUUUGCUUUCUCUCUUGUUCCCCCUAUAGAACACAUGCCCAGGUCCUGUUGCUGGAGACUUCAUCCAGAUUUGUUUCUGAAUGUUUUUCCCACAAAAAACAAUUUAAUUAAACUUUCUACUUAUCUGCUGUGCGCAGUUUUGAGAGGUGUUUUGGAGGACCAGGGAGGUUGCGAAGUCAGAUUUUAAAUCAUCAUCAUCAUCAUCAUCAUCAUCAUCGUCAUCAUUAUUAUUAUUAUUAUUAUUAUUAUUAUUGCUAACCAUUUUGGAGACCCCAUAGAAGUAUUUUCUCCAUGUAAAAAUUAUACCAAACUUGAAUUCCAGCUCAUCUUUUUACAUGAUCAAAGGGGCGCAUCCUUGAAAACUCGCUGAUUCUGAUCAUGUUGUGUCACAUUUCGGGUUUUAUUGUCACAUGUGUUCCAGGAAACACCAAGAAGCAGUGUAGUGGACAGGUGUGUUGGAGGGCAGGACAAGAUGGUGCAGGACAAGACUGCAGUUUGUGUAUAAGUGUACAGCAGUAAUAAUCUUAUAUAUUACUGCUGUACACGUAAUGGGGAUGAGGAUCUGCAAAUAGACCAGAGUUUAGCAAAUAAUGGGCCAACACAGCUCCUAAUUUCGAAAACUGGGGCGAGAGCUAUUUUCACAGAUCUAUGCAGUAAUGCUGAAGGGGUUUGGGAAUGUUCUCUUUAACUGACAACUGUUUUAAUUCAGACUCAGCUACUGUUGUAUUUCUUUCAGCUGAGGAUAUGGUUGUGUUGGGUCUAAGCAUGUAAACCACCUUCCAGAUUCACACAAGCUGCUGAAGUCAUAUUCAAACUGUUAAGGUGUAGAGUUGCAACACGUACAUUUCUCUACCAACUGAGAGACACCCAACUCUACUCCAAAGUGCCUAGCAGCAACUGACCCUGUAGCUGUACCUUCCAUCCAUCCAUCCAUCCAUGCAUUUCCUGCAACUGCUUGUCCAUUUCAGGGUCGCGGGGGAUCUGGAGUCUAUUCCAGAGGCUAAGGGUGAAAGACAGGGAACAACCCAGGAUGGGGCACCAACCCACACACCCUGCUCAUUUCACUGGUACCAUAAUGGUAGAAGAUCCUAGGGAUGUCUUCAAAUGACCUCCAGAUUAGGAGUACAUGCGCCCAGCCUGUCGUAGGCAGUCGAAGAAAAUAAUAUUUAAAUGGUCAUCAUGUUGGUGUAAUACUAUAAUAAUAUGUCUGUCACAGUGUGCCAGCUUAACCAUUUCGAAACCUCUCCAAAAGUCACCCCAGUAUUUGUAGCGACCAUCCAAUACACCCACGUAUAUUUAACUCGACCACUAACACAUCUUGUUUGGCUGAUCAAUACCUCAUUGAGUUAAUCGACUUAAUUAAUUAAUUGAACUGGUGGUGAACUUUAACAAAUACAUGGAAAGGAUGAGGUGCCCCUGAGGAGAGGUUUGGGAGGCAAAGCGGCGUUCAUCUAGCUAUAUCUUGGAGAACAAAAGAAGUUCUUGUGUAUUGUUUAUUGUGUUACACUUAAUUUACGCAUAUCUGAUGUCAAACUGUGUUUUCUUUUGAGCAAAUACACUUGUUACCCAGA